UAUAAAAAACACACAGCACACCGCAAACCACAUGCGCAAAUUACAGUAUUGGUAAUAGUGGCCAGCACAGGACGUUUUCACUGACUCAAUUAUUGUUUUUAGAUGAAUUGAUGUAUAAUAUAAUUAUUUACUUGAAGUGUAUCUUGACUGCCGUGUAACUGGCAUUACUGUAUAGGAGAGGAUUUUGAAGGGAGUGCUUUUCAUUUUACGGUUUUCUGUGUGGAGAUUCUGCUGGCUCCAGAUUAGAUAUUUAUUGCGACGUAACUGCCUCAUCAUGGUGAAAGAGACCAAAUUUUAUGACCUGCUCGGUGUCAAACCCAACGCCACGGAGACGGAACUCAAGAAAGCUUAUCGCAAGCUGGCGUUGAAGUACCAUCCAGACAAGAACCCAGAAGACCCAGAGAAGUUCAAGCUUAUGUCCCAAGCCUACGAGAGUCUUAGUGACCCAAAGAAAAGGAAAAUCUACGAUGAGGGUGGAGAGCAGGCAUUGAAGGAGGGCGGUGCUGGGGGCGGCAGCCACAACCCCAUGGAUAUAUUCGACAUGUUCUUUGGCACCCACUCGAGGACGCACGAGCGACGCUGCAAAGAUGUCAUUCACCAGCUGGGGGUGUCACUGGAAGAGAUGUACAACGGCUCAGUGCGUAAGCUGGCACUCAAGAAGAAUGUAGUGUGCGAUAAAUGCGAAGGACGCGGAGGCAAGAAGGGUGCAGUCGAGACUUGUGGUACAUGUAAGGGGUCCCGUAUACAGGUACAUCUCAGCCCCAUUGGUCCGGGAAUGGUGCAACAGAUCCGAACAGCUUGUGGAGAUUGCCAGGGACAAGGAGAGAAGAUCAGCGCGAAGGAUCGCUGUAAACAGUGCCAAGGAAAGAAAAUCAUCAAAAAUAGCAAGAUUCUGGAGGUGCAUAUAGACAAAGGGAUGAAAGAUGGGCAGAAAAUCACAUUCAGCGGCGAAGGAGAUCAAGAACCAGGGCUGGAACCAGGUGACAUGAUCAUAGUUCUUGAAGAGAAACCAAACAAGUUGUUCAAGAGGAAAGGAACAGACUUGAUUAUCAACAAGAAGAUAGAUCUGGUUGAAGCACUCUGUGGUUUCAAGCAUAUCAUCAAGACGUUAGAUGAUAGAGAGUUAGUCAUUACCUCACAUGCAGGUGAUGUAAUUAAACACGACGAUGUGAAAGUUGUGCGGAACGAAGGGAUGCCUAUCUACAGGUCACCUUUCGAGAAGGGACGUCUCAUCAUCCACUUCGAGGUUGACUUCCCAGAGUCGGGUCAGAUCCCUCUGGAUGCUCUACCCAAGCUGGAAGCAGUCCUCCCAGAACGGCCCGAAUGCAUCGUCAGCGACGACAUGGAAGAGGUGAAUCUAAUCAAUUACGAACCAAAGCAGCGAGGGCGCUAUGAGAACGCGUACGAAGAAGACGGAGAUGAGUUUCAUGGAAGAGGUGGAGGGGGAGUUCAAUGUCAAACCCAGUGAUGGGGGAAAAAAAAGGACUUCUUGACAAUUCCACAGAAUUAUUAUUAUUAUUUGAAAACAAUAGGAAUACUACUUUUUAUGAGCCAUGAAUACUCAAAUAAAAUACCAAAAGUAAAUACGUCACAAGUGACGCCCUUGUCUUCAGGUUUUUAAUAUAUUGAGAGAGGUAUUACAUGAAACUAUCCACCUUUAUGAAGUACCAGCGAGGAAAACUCACUUGGCUGUAAUUCACUCCACUCUGUGCUGGACACCAUUGGUAAUUGUCAAAGACCAGUAUUCUCACUUGGUGUAUCCCAAUUAUACGCAUAACAAAUCUGUGA